AUGGGGGCCCCGAUAUGCAAUGGACAGGCUGCCUCCUCUGUGCGUCCUCGCCGAACCUCUAGCGGAACACAAGCCGAUGAACACGACACCGCAUGCUUCCUUCUAGCUGCAGCAGCAGCAGCUGCACAGGACAAGAAAGCGCAGCAGGAUCCUUGUAGACUGGAGUGCAGCAGCCGCUUACUGCUAAAGUACACUCUCCUUGCUCUUCUUCUUUGCUCUUGCCUCUGCGCCGGAUAUAUACUGGGCACCCUCUACCCUCCUAGAACGAAAGAAGACACGUCUUUUACCUUCUCAGAAUGGGCUCAUGCGCAUCGCCGUCUCUCUGCUGCUGGUGGCGAUGGCAGCGGAGGCAAUGAAGAGUCUGGUUCGUUGGAGGGGAUAAAGGAAGAGAAAGGGGAGAGCAAAGGGGAGUCCCCAAAGGGGCCCCGGGACCCCCAGCCAUCCCCAUCUGAGGAGAUGAACGAAGGAGCAAGCAGCGACACGCAGUUGGUGGCUGUUGCGCCUUCUUCGCCCCCAUCCUCUCCAGCCAUCACGCCUUCACCCACCAGCAGCAGCAGCAAACAAGACCCACCUGCUGGCUCUGAAAGCGCAGCUGCUUCCGCUCAAACAACUGUAGUUGAUGGGGAGAAAGAUGCAAAAGAAGUUUCUCCAGUAUCUCCCGUUCAGCCAGCCCCUCCUACUGUGGGCAACAGCACAGGCGGAAGGGGGACCAGCCGCAAGCAGCGCCGCAGAAAGAGGAAAGCAGAACUUAUAAAUGGCCCGGACCCUCACACAUACCGCAAGGAGUUGUGUACGAUGCUGAGGAUGGACACGACGCUGCAGGCUUGGUAUGCACUAGUGGUGCUGUAUGUGGCGGAGUGGCCAACGUACGCGCGCCACGGCACCGGAGGGGACGCUUACUUGUGUUAUCUGAAGAGGUUGGCGGAGAAAUUCGAAGUUCCGAGGCACGCAGCAGUGCAGGUGCAGAUGCUGUAUGCAGAGGAACUCUCCUGCGGCACGCCUUCUUUUUUCCUAGAGGGACUUAAAAUAGUGGGAAAGGACAUUCAUCGGCAUCACGACCUGAUAUCGGUGUUGCGGAAGUAUCGCGAAGAUUCGGACUUCGCCGAUUUAAUUGACUACACCCAAGUCACGAAACUGCCAGCAGACGAUUCAUUUUCGGGCUUUCCCAUGAUGCUCAGGACGGCCUUCGAAGGAUUCGCUUUUUGCUUCAGCAAAAACUUGUACAUCAGACCUGACAAAAAAAGCGAUGGUCACCACUCUAGACGCAGUGAAGGAACCGGAGUUUUGACAAUGAACGACUUCUACAACACGUACGUGCGGCAGUACCAACACAACCAAUUUCAGUAUUGGCUGCUUUUGAUGAUGGCAAGCGUAAUGAAGCGAGUCGUGUCAAGCAGGCCGCACGCAGGAUUUAUGGUGUUGAAGUUUGACUCAGCACAAGCUUUGGGCCUGAACAGGGGGCGCAGCGGUGCGAGCGAGUUGGACAAGGCGGCGAUCGACUCCCUGCAGCGGCAGGUGGCUGCCAGCGUUGAGGGGAAGCUGGAUCGAUCGUUGCAACGGUUUCAGAAUCUUGGGUUUGUGCAGGGUCCGCCGACUGCGGCGACCUCCGCCAUGCGGCCGACCGUCUCGGUGACGGGAUAUUUGGAGCGCACGAAGGGGGGUAGCUUUGUAGACCACGGCAUAUUCGGGAUGGACAUGGACAUAGACACUUUAGAAGAGCUCAAAGAACGCAUGCUACCGGGGAACCUCCUUGUAGAUGUUUCGCUUGUCGACCCGUGGAGCUCCAGGCCUCUGGCAGAUUGGCCCGAUCCGCUGCAACGCGACGUCCUCGGGCUGACUUCGUACACCGCGACACAGCUGCUUUGUGCAGAGCUGCAGUGGGAUCCGUCGCUGGGCAACCUGGGGCAUGUGGAGGUGGUGUACUCGGGGUUUGCUGAUGUGUACGACUCUGUUGGGGGGGCGCAGCAGUCAAAGGCGAAGUUCGACCCGGAUGUGCAGGUGCUGCUGCUGCGGGACAACCAGAAGUUUGUAGAGGACGGACUAGAAGAAGGCAGCAAAGAGAAGAUCACGAACCUCAUGGCGCAGGAGCCGCUGCAGUGGGGACAGAAGAGGGUCAUUGAUGCAGAAAGAAUCAAAUGGAAAGGCGUCGCCAGGCUGCUAAGGGGCGGUCAGCUGUACAGAAAGAGUGCCUUCGGGACGGGCUUACCUCCCGCGCUUCGCAGGAACGCAGAAGAUCUCCUUAAACCCAAUGUCGUCCUCAUUCACAUCGUUAUUCAAGGCUUAGGUGAUAUGACGCCAGAUACCUUGGGUUUCGAUAUGACAGCAAGCGAAAUGGCCAGUCGCCUCGUCCGGAGAUGCAGAGGUAUCUACGACCCGGUCCUGCUUAAAUCCGUCACUCCGUUUGUUAAGGAGAUGCAGGUCAAGAACGAGCGGCAGUGCGUUGGGGACAUGCCGAAGUGGGUGGUGUUGGUGUCGACUCUGGGUGUGGCUCUUUUCUUUAUUAUUCUGAUAACGCUGUUGCUGUACCACGACAAGAUAAAACUCCCCUGGUGGAUUAUGUGCAUUUGCAGCAGCCGAGCCCCUUGGGAAGAGUCCUCAGCAGCCUCAAGCGUGUCGAACGGCUUUGGUCCUGAAAUACUAGAAAAGCAGAGUAACUCAACGCGUGACAUCAUUGCGUUUGCCCCGCCGUUGAAAGAAAUGACGUCAAGUUUGUCAUGA